AUGGAGCACCAAGGUCCGUGUCAUCCAUCUGCGCCCCCCACACCUUCGGCCUUCUUAACUCUGCUUCGACAUCGGGUCCAGGUGGAGGAGGGGGAAGAGGAGGAGGAGGAGGAGGAGGAGGAAGGGGUGCGUCAGGCGCUGCGCAAGUCCGCUAACACUACAAGCCAACUCGUGUACAAGUCGCCGUGUCUGCCCUACUCUUGCUGUGGAGCACACGGUGGACCUCGCCAGGCACGAUGGUCGAACUGUCGGGUAUGAGGGCAGCGCCUCACAUACAUAGAAAAGGAUCAUGCUGAUGGAAGCCGGCGUACGCGCAACUGGGUCUUCGCACUGAAAUCACGCCAAUGCCUCUAAAAGACUGUUGGUAGGACGGGGGACUGUGGACUCCUCCUCCUCCUCUUCGUAUUUCAGAUGCUACUGAGCUAAACUCCAGGCGGUUUAGGGUUAGAGUUAUAAGGAUUAGUGCUGGGAUGGGAGGUCAAGUUAGGACACGAGAAUUUGGCGCAAGGCCACCUGUCGUCCGGAGGGCUCUUCACUCCCGCAUCCGACCUAGCACUUCCACGUACAUCCUCCUGCCUCCCGUCAAUUGAAACAGUAAGAAGGAGUGUAGAUUAAGGAAAGUGCCCGUGCCAGAUUCCGACAAAAAUGUGGCAGAAAGCGCGCCACGCUAGAUGAAAUGGAUGGAGAAUAUUUGCUACAUUUCAUGAAGCGCUGAUUUUUACUACUUCACGCUCGUAGGCAUGAAGCCAAGCCCCCAGUUACUUUCCGCACUGUGCGUGCUCAUCCCAAACGACAGACUUCAAAGGAAGCCAAGUAAAGCCCAAGAAGGAACAUUAACUAGUGCGUACCUCUAAGGGUUGAAGUUGGUUUUCGUGAAAGCAGAAGGUCAGAAUGUAAGUAAGGAAGUGGGCGACAAGAUUUCCUUUCUCAUCAUCGCAAAUAACGGCCUCUCCUGACUUAACUUAUCGUGAUGUGGACUUGUUUCAUUUUGGACAUUUCUUCAUAAGGUUCUCUUUCAUGCUCUCCGAGCAGACCGGUAAAUACCACUGCAGAUUGGCAACUGCAGCCGACGAAAUGGUGAACCCGGUAAUCCGCUGGAGCUUAAAUGCCCAACAAAUCACUGGAUCCGCCUUCAAACCGAGGGAAUAUUUGAAUUUUAGGGUUUCCUUAUCACUAGCCAGUGGCGGCCUGAAAAACAGAGAUGGUAAUUCAAAUGUCUUUCACUUGUGCUCAAGUGUCAGACUCACCGACCUUUAACAUAGCAGGUCAACCUCCGCAUCGCUUGCUUGCUUCAUGUUCAGGACGUUGGGCAUCUGGAAUAUCAACUUUUUUCACCCAUUGGGUUUUCUUACUGUCGUUUUUGACAACGAUCGGGUGAAGGCCCCCCAAACACACAUGACUAGCUAAAAGUGCUUGUCUUGCGGGAAAGGUGGUAAAAGGGAUUUUACGGGCGGGGCCUAUGUAUGCAUAGAUGAAUGACAAAAUAAGUAUAAAUAAUUGGUAAAUUUGUUUUUUCGGACGGAAAAGUUUUUAUGCAUUGACAUAUGGCAACGAAAAUUACGUAGGACAGUUAAAAAAUUGGCAUUUAAUGUCUACAGCUAAGAUUAUUGCAGAUAAUCCAUCAGACUGUCUACAACGAUCGUUUCUCAACUCUCCGAGCUGAGAUCAUUGUACAUAAUGCACCAGACCGUCUACAACAGAAGACGCAACCUUGUACGAUGAAACGUCAAACCGAAAUAACCGUGCUGGACUAAAAACCACUUAAAUAAGUAUAGUAUGUAUACUUUGUAGGCCACAGAUGAUUGGGGGCCUUAACCCGAUUCUUACCUCGUUUGUACUGAGGGCUCGUAAGAUAUAGGUUGGCAGUUCGUGAGAACAGGCUUAUUAACACCCCACCUUGUCCGCAACAUUUUAAAAUAAUAAGUUGCGUCCUAGCAGGUUCUUAGAGUUUUACUGGUGGCUAGCGCAAAGUGUUUUGGAUGGAGCUUUCGGUAUUCCUUCCCUUCUUCUAUCGGAGAAAGUCGCAGACAACAUAAUUCAAACGACAAGCACGCCUCGCUGGCAGGGUUAGUAUAAUUCUCAAGUGUUAAUGCCUUGCUCUUGUAGUAUGUCACUUCGCAAAUACUACUGUGUCAGCGUAAACCGAAAACGGGGUCAAAACUUUGUAGACUCAUAUGAUUUUUUUUAUCAGAUCGACGUGUCUCCCAUAGGCUAAUCCCUACCAAACACGAAGGGAAGGAACGCACCCAUGUAUAUGUCCUGUGGAGACUGAAGUAAUACGGACGUUUGGCGAUUGUUAAUUUUAUCAGAGGUUUUAUUCAGUUGAGGGCCCUGAACUGAUCUAUCAUGGCUGCGGCACAAGAAUGAGUAUUUCUAAAAGUCCAUAGCCCACAUAGGCGUUCACAUGAUGACUAACAAAAAAGGAUCGGGGAGUGUUUAACGACAAAUGCCCAAAUACACAAAUGUCCAUUUCUGGCAUAUUUCUCGUCAUCAGCCAUCGGUGUCCGAUCUCGGACUGCACACGUGAGCUUCAAAUUUAGGUGAAAUUACUCACUCCGUCCCGCAGUCAAGGAGAAUCUACGCGUGCCAUCCUCCUGAUCUCAACCGACAAGUCGCGAGUUCGGUAGGGCGGUGUCGUGAGUGUUACUUGAUGUCUAACUUAGUAGGAAUUUGAAUAGCUGGUAUGCAGACCAGGACUGGGGCAUCAGAGUUUCAUAACGGUUAAUAAGUCAAGAGAAAGUCUUUCUAGUGCUUCUAUUUUUGACGGUAAAUACUUCUCAAAGCUCUGCUUGUAAGCAAUUGGCUUCUAAAAUUUAAUUCAAUUGCAUGCUUCUGCACCUUAGAGCCUGCCGAAGAGUAUCUCCUAAACGCAGGUAUUUUAUUAACGGCACUGCAUCAAAGGAUGUGGAAACGCACAAACAUCUGGUCAUGCAGACAACUGUAAAUUCGAUGUCGUCAGGACAUUGUAAGGAGGUGGUUCAGAGAGCAACGAGUACUUUUCACUGGAUCAGAUCUGUGUUUAAAGUAUUUCCUUGUGAACAUUUCAGAAAAAUCUUCGGCAUUUUCGUGAGAUCCCAUUUGGACUACGAAAUGCCAGCUUGGACGCCGAGGAUGAGGAAAGUUACUGGUCUCCUCCAGUAGGUGAAAAUCAGAACAACGAAGAUGGUCGAUGGUCUUAAGGAUUUAGCGCACGAGAGUAGGUUGAAAUAGCCUGACUUAGUUCCCCUAUCAAGCAGGAGCUUAGGGUGUAGCCUACAUUGGACGUUCCGAAUUUUCCGCGGUUAUGGUUGCUCGCUGAGACCGGAGACAAUUGUUUGAGCUUGCAUGCAAAACACACCUAUGUGGUCCUAAGUACAAGGUCAGAAGCGAACGCACACAACUAGACGGCCGAAAAGUUUUCUUCAGCCCAGCAACUGUUGCUUCUAAGAGAAAGCUUGCUUGCAAAAUUGUCAACAAAACGUGCCUUUUACAACCUGAUUAUUUACGGCCAGCCUUGUAGACACUUCGUGCUCGGACAUCCCUCCGCACUGAUUUACACUGAACAGCAAUAAUCAUUUCGAAUUGUGUUCUAUUUUGACUCGAACACAUACUAAAUGUUUGCGGUCGUAUACUGACUGUAAACAUGAGAAAUCUACAAACAAAUUAAUGCGACCUACAAGAGCGCUGCCUUUCAGUAUACAUACGCAUAUAUACUCUCUGUCAUUAAUGAAAAAAGUAUGAAUGGAAUGAAUAAAUAUCAUUUGCGCUAAGCCAUCCUUGACUGCGAUUUUACUACUCAUGCCUACGUUGAUGAGUAUUUAGGCCCAGCCAGCAGUCCUCACAUCUCCCCGCAUAUGGCGAAGAUAUUGCUGCAGACGUGUUGAGUGCAGUGCAGCAACAAAAUGAAUGGAAUGGCGAAAAAACAGCAGCAUGAAACUGGCAGUGCAAAGAUGACAGUCCACAAAAGUAUUCGUGGUAAACGGCAAUACUGCGAAUUAUUUUUGAUGAAAACGUUGAUUUUCAAGAAGUGCUAGGCAUGAAUCAGUGUGACAUUAAAAUUGAACUAAACAGAACAGUACGACAAGCGCUUAAGGCAGCUUCUUUUUUCAAUAUAUUUGAGGGAAAUAGGCUUAGUUUUCGGAUUUCCCAUUUGCACCUAAAAAUCUAAACAAAUUGGCAAUAACAUGAAGACAUUCUAGUAACAAAUGAACGCAGACACCGGUUCGCAUAGGGCACUGGUGUUUAUGGUUACAAAGUUACGUAGUCCGCUUGAUGGUGUAACAUAUGUCUGUCAAGCCGAUAUUUAAAGCUCUCCAAAGACUGAGACAUUACGACCGCCUCAGGCCGGUUCUUCUACAGUUCGAUUACACGGUUGGGGAAAAAUACUUUCUCACAUUCAAGCUUCCCUUAGGGAAACGUAGUUUGAAUGGAUGUCCGCGGAAGUUAUUUGUAGUAGCGAGUCGGAAAAAGUCGUCUGACCAAUUAUCCGUCGCUUCUUGGCGACGUUUACAAUCACGGUGAUAGUUUUCACUGCCCACAGGAAAUCCGUCUUUUUGAACCGUCGAUUUUUGUUCUACAUGCUGGAAAAGUCCGCAUGAACCAAGUAAUUACGGAAUUCAGCUUGGUUGCCCGCUAACUGCUCUACCACAACGUCCCAUAUUUCACUUAAAAGCCUCUCGAAUGUGACACCGACAAUGACGUACAGUGUAGGCGAUUCAAGUUACUUGUUAUGACAACAAGCACUCAUUGAGUUUUCUGUGACAGGUUUCGAGAACUCAGAAAACUCCGCCGUUGUUUCUGGUGGAGAAGACGAGUGUAAAUUCAUGGGACUACGGUUGAUGCGCGAAUUGAGAAGUGAGCUAUUAUUUGUGUUUUUCUUUAUAGUCAUCAUGCGUGGAUCAGUGUUAGAGGGAUUUCUACAAAUGUGACACAUCACAUGAAAAGAAACCACGAGUUUCUCAACUCUGGUCCUGUUCAUGCUCUCGUCCGAGGCGGUGAUCGUCUGCCCGCUGAUUCGCGAACGUACUCCAGCGGCGUUAACGGCCUGAACCACUGAAUGCCACAGCAGACUGCAACAAACUUAAACGGUUGGCAGUUCAUUUAAAGUGAGGUCGUGAAGUUUGGGUAGUUGCAUCCAAAGAACCAGCUACCCCGAACGACAUUUGAAGUUCUUCCCAGAUCGGCGAGAACCUAACAAACGGAUGCAUUCCCCUGUCAACGAAUUGAUCUACAACUAGGCAGGGCUGAGUUAAGUUCAGCUUAUUGAGGGAAAUAGGCAACGUAAAAAAAUUUGUUGUAUGCAGAAAAAUGUUCUGGGCAGAAAUAGUUCAAUCAAGCCCAUAAUGGUAGGACAAAAUGGGGACGAGUUACAGGAGUGAGCUCUAUUUCUAAUCGCUCUUGGUCAUUUGGGAACAUAAAUAUGCAAAGAUUAUUUUUAAAACUUUGUAUAGAUGGUAACAUCCCAAAAUCCGUGGGUUCAUAGGAACAAUUGCGCGAUCUCAACUAGCAAUUUAGUUCAGUAUAUCUGAGGGAAUUUGAGCGUCCAACUUUGAACUCUCCGUAUGUUGCGAUUAGUCAAAAUAUAAUGAGGAAUUCAGAAAAAGAAACGCUAAACACUGCAGAAAAAUGGCCAGAACCCUGCAGAGCCACGGCCUAUUAGAAGUGUUAACAACAUUGACAUGUUAGUGCGCAGAACAGUAUUCAAUUCAAAUAACUAUGCUCUGGGAGAAUUGCAAAAUGUCACUUAACAUCACGCGCCCAGGUGCAUAGCGGUGAUCUCUUACAAUAUAGGGAAGGCGGAAAAUUAAGCCUCAGAAAGGAGUGCCCCUGAAAUCUGCAUCGUAGUACCUCUGUAGUGGCUCUAGUCCGGCCACCAGUGGCAAAACUUCGCCACUCCAGAUCACUUACAUGUCAAGUGUCGGUAAUCGUUUGAUAAUAGUCUUGCAUUUCUCGCCGCCAGCGCGAAAUUUCAUUUAGUACAUAGAUCACUACGUCCACUGCUCCAUGUUCAAAUCUGUCACAACGAAACACUUAACAGCCUUCAAAACUGACUUCGCUGUUACUUAUUUCCUCAUUCAAGCAUGUCUCUGUCAAUAGAUUUAUGUGAUGUUCCUGUUAGAGGCUAGUAAUUUGAGUUUAUCUAGUUUGUUGAAAAGACCAUGACCGUGCAACAGACUUCUAGACAGCGACCACUAAUGCUCAUAGUAAUCUCGAAUGUGGCGUGCCUCAGGACAGCAUGCCUGAGACAUUUUUCCACCUCGAUAGUCACGAAACGAUAAAGCCCGCCAUGUGCCACAUGAAGUGAGUGCGACACCGGUGAGGUGGUUUGUAGUGUCAUUAGACCUGUGCAGCACCUGACACGCCCUUUCCUCCCUCAUCCAACUGGGCCUUGUGCCAGGACAAAGAGAGGACGUAUGUUGAUAAAUCAUUAGUAACAGGUACACCAACAUAUUUUAAUGCUUGGGGAGUAUUGCGGCCUACCGAAACGUUUUGCUUCUACUGGUUUGCCUCGCAUAAUAUUUUUGGUUUCGGCACUGCAACUUAAUCCUCCUCCCCGUAUUACGAGUGGUCAUGCCUCAAAUUCUGAGGAAGUUCUAGUUCGGUCAGGGUUCCUAUUAGAGUUAGGGUUAAUGUAAGAUUUAGCCUUAGGGCUAGGUAGGUUAGGAACAGGGUUAUGGUCAGUACCAGGGUUAGGUCAAAGCGUGGAGUUAAGAUAAUGUUCGAAGGUAGGACAGAGAAAUACAAAACCUUGGAAUUUUACGCGAGACAAUCUGUUCUACUCGGGAGUCCGUAUUCUUGAGUUCCAUCGUUCUUGUUCCAAGACUUUUAAGAUGACUAAUAAUACAACUAGUAAAAUACGGGAUUCAGUCCCCUAUCUUGAUUUUUACAGUCCCUUCCUCCAAACCCUAUAUCAAGUGGUAUACAGUUGAGUCCUGAUUUGAGAACCACAUCCUAUUACUCCUGGAGUAUUCCAGAAAUUGAUCUUAAGUUCUUGUGAAUUUUUCGUAUAUAUUCCUGACUUAACGCUUAUAUUAGCUGCAGUCAAAGUGUUUUUAUAUUCACGCAACCUAAAACUCACAUAUGCAUCUAACGAACACCCAGUAGCCAGCAUGCACUGAAUAACCGAAACUGAUUUUUUAAAAGUCUACUGAAAGAAAGGACUCAAUGGCAGAUGCCGCUCUCAAAGACAAGAUGCCAUCUCCUGAUUUUUUUCAACAAAAACUUCUCCCACACACUUUUCGGCGAUCACGAAAUAAGGGGACCAUUAUCAAUAAACGGCCUAGGUCUGAGCUAUACACAUGUAUUUACUCUAUCCACCACGCUUAACAAAUUUCCCCAGAAGCCAUUCGUUCAUGUGUAUUCUUCUGUAAAAUUUUCAUCUUAAAUACACUAAAAACGCACUUUUAUGAAGUGUACGCUCUACUUUUCCUAUGUUAUUAUAUCACUUUUCUUUAGCAUAGUGCUAUCGGAUGACCAAAAGAAACAGGGAGGUAUUCAGCGACGCUUGAUUAGGUCUUCGGCUAAACGCGACGGCUUACACGACUCAUACGCAUAGUUAUGCAAUAAAUACAGCCGUAGACUUCUACGGGUCAAGAGACUCCAAACUGAUUUCAAUAUCUUGUUUAGUCCGUCUGACCCGGAUAUGAUCAAAAUGGAUAUGCUAACAAGCCAAAGAGGUCCCCAGGACACUAACAAUAACGAAGAUGCCACUAGAAUUCAAAAAUUCAGGAAUUUCUGUUCGUCAAGAUGUGUAGCUAUAUGCAAUACCUGCAAAAAUAUCAUCCGACAAAAUCGAGGCCUAAUGGAACUUGAAAUAUAAACCAAUAAAUUUCUAACAAAUUAUGAUAUAGGUAUAUUUUUGAAUUUCACAGGACACUUUUGAGCCGUUUUUGUAGCGCAUAAUUUGGACUACAAGGGAUCUGAUGACGCCAACCACAGGAUAAACAUUAAAUUCUAAACCUAAGGACAUUUAAAUAUGACAUAAACAGGAGAAUUGCAUAAACAGGCCGUAAAUAGUAGUAUCUCCUCUUUUUUUUCUUGUUUCAUAAAUUAACCUUUCAUGCGUAAAAACGUUUUCAGCAACAUAUACUAACAUACCUUCAAUAAACCGAUACAAACUGGUUGCCUGCAAGGCUAGAUAUGACAAUACUAAUCCACCCAAAAUAUCCUAUUAUCAGAGAGAACAUACUGACUGAUACAACAUAAUUUUUCGUAGGUUUGAAAGAAAGUUACCGCUGAACAUUUUCUCCUCUCGUUACAUAUUCAUCCUUUCAGCUAUAAGUCCAAAUAACUCUACAUAAACCAUAGUAAUCAACGGUGUUGAAAGACAGGAAUCUGCACUGACUUUUACAACGCACCGCGGGUCUGACAGAGUUCUGUAAGUGGAUUUAAGUUACUUUUUUGGGGAAAUUAAGGGAGAGAACGGCGUAGCCGCAUGUCGGCAAAUAUGGUCGUUGUCCUCUACUUUCUUACCGCUGACAUCUUUUCCGCUCUCGCAAGCCGCCUGCUUUCUCUUUAUCGUCACCAAAUCCCCAUGGUCUUCUUUUAAACAAAUAAAUAAUUUUUAUUCGAGACCCUUGGGGGUCCUGCCAUUGCAAGUUAUAAUGGAUUUUCAUGAGAAUUUUGGGACAGAUAGACAAAAUCUGUACAAUACUAGAUUCAUAGUUAUUGAAUAAGUAGUCCGCUACGAAAAAUGAUGGGCGGGCAGCGAAAAAACCAUUAUCGAAUAAACGAAAUGAAUAUUGCUGGAUUAACAUUAUAGGAGGAAAAAACUGUCUCUCAUGAAAGGAUAAAAAGCGGGCAGAACCGGCCUGCAUGUGGCAGUGUAUAACGGAUCUCAUAAAGGGGUAGGUAAACGGAGGACAGGACUGGCCUGCGUGCGAUAUUGAGUAAAACGUUUGAAACGGACGUAGUUGAUGCCCAGUUCACCGCUGAUAGCUUCAAUUAUUUCCUGCCCCAAACGUUCAUUGAAGACUCUACCACUCCGCUUCCGACCAUCCAACCAUUGUCCGGGGCAGUUCUAGAAACAAUAACUUUCACUCAGUGGGAUGUGACUGUUGCGAUUCGGCGUCUUCGUCAAUCUUAUAGUCCAGGACCAGGUGGUGUCCCAGUAAGCAUUUUAAAAGCCGAUGCAAACACGAUCUUCCCAUCCCUCUUAUGCAAGAUAUUUAAUCUUGCUCUUGAAACUGAAACUUAUCCUACCAUUCCUAAGCACGGCAAAUCUACAUCAUUAGAUGACUUUCGACCAAUAAACACCCUCCCUGCAGUUUCGAAGAUCUUAGAGACAUUGAUCAAAGAGAAGAUGAUGUGUCACUUAACAGUGAAUAACUUACUGAGUGCUGCUCAGCAUGGAUUCCUCAAAGCUCGAUCUUGUGACACCUGUCAACUCUCUUUCUUUGACUAUGUUCUCCAAUCUAGGGACCAUGGUUUGCACUUUACACAGUAUAUUUCGAUUUCACUAUAGCUUUUGAUCGUGUUGACCAUGCUCUUCUUCUCUUAAAACUGUCCUCUUUCGGAAUAGGUGGCAAACUUUUGAAUUUUAUAUCCACUUAUUUGGGCACUCGUACGCAACAAGUUAAGAUUUCCAAUACCAUCUCUAAUCCCACACGUGUGUGGAGUGGAGUCAUUCAGAGCAGUGUACUCGGCCCACUUCUAUUUUGCCUUUUCGUUAAUGAUGUACCCGAUUUAUUUCAGAAUGAUAAGCCUUUCAUGCAUGCCGAUGAUCUGAAAGUUGCAUAUCGAUAUAAGCCGGCAGAUCAUGACAUCGUGCUCGAGCUCCUUAAGAGCGAUCUACAUACUUUCGCCCAGUGCUGCCGCACAUGGCGCCUUUCUCUUUCUUGGCAUAAGUGCUCAGUCAUGGUGGUUGGCGACGACCGCCAACCUCAACUAAGUAUUGAAGGUCACGCAAUAAAUGUGCCCAGGGUUAUAAAGGAUCUGGGCAUAUCAUACUCCAAGAGUCUCAAUCUCUCGGAGCACUGUGCCUUGAUAGUCUCCAAAGCACGUAGAACGACCGGGUUUAUCCUCCAAAACUUUAAAACUAGGGACAUCAGAACGCGCCUUUACAACAUGUACGUUAGACCUGGUCUGGAAUACUGUUCGUUUUUAUUAAGCCUCAUGCGUGCUACUGAGCGGAAGAAAAUAGAAUCCGUUCAAUACUUUUUUACCAAGAGAAUUUUAGCCGCGGAACACCGACAUUUGUCUUACAAAGAUCGUUGCCGGCUUAGAGGCCCUGAUCCUUUAUGGUUCCGCAGAUUACAAAAGAGACUAUUUCUGCUAUUUAAACUCUUAUAUAAUCACACAUUUAACCCACUGACCUCUUUAAGACAUCAUAUCCACCCACGACGUAACAGUCACCGUGAGGUCUUUUUAUUUCUGCCUCUGGCACGUACUGUUAAAUAUAGUCAGUUUAAGUCAGUUUAUUAAGGGAAUGGGGCUUUCGCCCUUGAGCUCCCUAUUCAUAUCGAUAAACAGAAAUAAAGUCAUCAAUUACAUCAGCAAAUGCGAAAAGUUAAGAAGUUAGCGGUAAGUGUGAGCUAGGCGCAAACUGCCGCCGCUAAAACAAUCAUUAUUAUAUGUACAGUAGGUUCUCAACAAAUGAGCGUCUAGUCUGCACUUAAAGGAUUUGACACUUUCAGAACGAAGGACGGCUUCAGGGAGUCCAUUCCAUGCCCCGAUGACCCUGUGAGAGAAGGCGUUCCGUCGGACGUCCGAAUGAGCCCGCUUCCUUUGCAGUUUGAACGGAUGACCACGCAGACGGUCAGUCCGGGCCAAUUCAAAGAAUUCAUCAAAGUCUAGGGCACACACACGGCUUCUGACAAUCCUGUGGGUUUGAAUGAGAUCGCCGCGCAGUUGCCUGUAAUUAAGAGAAAACAGAUUUAGUUCGGUCAGCCUGGUUUCGUAAGGCAAAUGAUAAAGAUUCUUGACCAUCUUCGUAGCCAUCGCCUCUACUCUUUCCAGUCGUUGAUAAUCUUUCUUCAACCACGGUCGCCAGGCCUGGACUGCAUACUCUAAGUGAGACCGGACGACUGCCCCAUAGGUUUUUCCGAACAGCUGUUUAUCGAUCUGUACAAAUCCGCGCCUUAGCGUCGGUUCUAUUCUGUAAAUGCUAUUGCUUUUUGGAAUAAACUACCCGUGACUGUGAAAACUCUGCAAAAUUAUCCUUUAUUUAAUAGAACUAUUACCCGAUAGUUGCAUUCAGAAAAGCUCCCACAAAUUUUGGGUGCGGAAUUCACUGAUGGACUCUACCGUAGCGAUGGCGCUUGUGGUCCCUAAACACUAUGGCCGGUCUCACCAGCUGUUCCUCAACGUCCCUACUUUGACUAUCCCCAACUUUAUGAAAGGAAUUGACGUCUGAUAAUCUCCGAUACCGUGCAACCCCGCCCUCCCUUCUUGACGGUCGAACACCUACCACCAGCAGUUUUUUUCUUCUGAACCCCCCAAACCAUAAAAACCACCAUCAACUAGAUAUUUUUUUACCUCAGGAGUUUUUUUUCACUGCUGGUCGGAUUUGUGUUUAAUCGCUUCCCUUGACAAUGCCUGUAAACUGGCAUUAAAUAAAUUAUUAUUAUUAUAAUCAGGGCAGAAUUCAUAUGUCGGAUGAGGCCAUUCACGUCAAAGUGGCGAGACGAGAGGAACCCAGACGCGAUUGAUCACAGUCCGCUUCGAGUCCAGCCGAGAAGUGAGGAAGGGAGGUACGACCAAACUACUAGUAGGCGGCGAACACAGAGGGUUCCGCCAAGAACGUAGACGGAUCGCCUAGGACUGAAAUGAAGAGAUAACCUCAAAAGCCGUAGAAAUCAACGAUUGGCGUUGGGGGUUUUAAAUCGCGGAUUCCAGAGUGGAAUUCUGAUGUGUCGGCGAUCAGCGAAACCGAGGCGGCUUACAGCGUGCACGUCAACCUAUCCAAGCUAUUUCUUUGCGAGAAUUUGUCAGAAAGUAUAUGGUAUUCUGUGAGGGGCACGAUGCAGGAACUGAAAAAUCGAAAAAAUCGACAUUGUUGAUGAAGGGUCCCAGGAAGCGAUACUACACACGGAAGAAGUAAAUGUGAGCGGAGGCGGCAAUUUAAAAGCGGAGUCCUCAAUUCCCGGUUAGUCUAACGUUUCCAUGGCCAGAGAACUAUCCCGAGGGCUUUGUCUAGCCGAAUAGGUGUUGUUUUUAGACUUUCCACCCUUGCAUUGGUGGCAUCGGAGAGACCAUGGGACGCAAGCACACAGCACGCCCAGACAUCAAAUCUGACAGCGCUGAGGACAGUGCUGCGUCUCAGGAGGGGACUGUGUAUUGGCACAACCGCCCUGAAAGUGCGGAUCAAAAGUGGAAAUGGCGUUAACACGUGUAGGGCAGGAUGGCUGAUCCCCUUUCCUCGUAACCUUUGACUUUCUCUUCCGCCGAAACUCACAACAACGUUAUCUGCUCUCCUAGUUCGGCAAUGUUUAUGGCCCGCUCCUUCAUUCACACACAGCGCCACACUCCCCACCCGGUAGUCCACUUGACAUAAACAGGGCGCCGCUCACUCCAGAGUGGUCAUUAGUAUAUGCGACGCCAUGUUUCCUUGUACAACUGAAGUAUAUCUCUUUCCUUAAUGCAUUAUGAAUUUCAUAGGUUUUGAACUCUUUCUCCUACAAAGUCCAUACAUGCGUGUUUGAUGUUGCGCUCAACAAGUUUGUCCAACGCUUACAUAACCGAGAAACUCUCGCGAGUUUUAUUCAACAGUGUGCGUCGUCCCCAUGUCUUCUGUUGCUAAACUUCGUCCCCGCUUUUGUUUGCGCGCGUAGGCAGACUAGGCAAGACGAGUACCUUUUCUAAGAAUUCCAAUAUCAGAUCGUGACAAAAGCGAACUUCAGUUCAGCCUUGUCAGUCUUAAACAACUAAAUUAAAGAUGAUUUUCUGGCUGUAACAUUCUUAAACUUCGGCGGCAGAAACCUCACAUAGUGACAGGACACGUCUGCUUAUAUAAGCAACACUUGGUCGCUUGUCAGAUGUCUAAGUUCCCGGAUAAUACAACUGUAACGCACCGCCGACUCCCUAUAUUAUAUUCAUCAACGUUUCGGUGUUACCUUUAAGCAAGCGCAGGUUCUUGAACCCCGGUAACACCGCCGCGCUUUAGUCGCGCUCUCACCACUUUUAUUAACCGUAUCAAUUUUAUGUGUUUUCGUCCCAAACCUGCAGUCUGCGUCUCUUUCACUGAAAACUUUUGAGUAGGGGGUUUUCAUAUAUUUAUUUUAUGUUUUCCGAGUACUUUUCUCGUCGAUCAAGCGUCCGCUGUACCGCUGCAGGGACUACAGUCGUUAACCACCUUCACCCUAACCAUCCUCCCUGAUUUUAAGUCAGUUUAAGUCAGUUUAUUAAGGGAAUGGGGCUUUCGCCCUUGAGCUCCCUAUUCAUGUCGAUAAACAGAAAUAAAGUCAUCAAUUACAUCAGCAAAUGCGAAAAGUUAAGAAGUUAGCGGUAAGUGUGAGCCAGGCGCAAACUGCCGCCGCUAAAACAAUCAUGAUUGUAUGUACAGUAGGUUCUCAACAAAUGAGCGUCUAGUCUGCACUUAAAGGAUUUAACACUUUCGGAAAGAACGACGGAAUCAGGGAGUCCAUUCCAUGCCCCGAUGACCCUGUGAGAGAAGGCGUUCCGUCGGACGUCCGAAUUAGCCCGCUUCCUUUGCAGUUUGAACGGAUGACCACGCAGACGGUCAGUCCGGGCCAAUUCAAAGAAUUCAUCAAAAUCUAGGGCACACUCUCGGCUUCUGACAAUCCUGUAGGUUUGAAUGAGAUCGCCACGCAGUUGCCUGUAAUUUAGAGGAAACAGAUUUAGUUCAGUCAGCCUGGUUUCGUAAGGCAAAUGAUGAAGAUUCUUGACCAUCUUCGUAGCCAUCGCCUGUACUCUUUCCAGUCUUUGAUAAUCUUUCUGUAACCACGGUCGCCAGGCCUGGACUGCAUACUCUAAGUGAGACCGGACGAAUGCCCCAUAGGUGUUUCCGAACAGCUCCUUGUCGAUCUGCACAAAUCCUCGCCUCAGCGCAAAUAACACCCUUAUCGCACUUUUGGCUGCCCUUUGACACUGUGAAGAUGGUUUCAGCGAGGAGGUCAUUAGGACUCCCAGGUCUUUCUGUUCCACAACAUUUGAAAGGGACUGACCACCAAGGACAUAUUGAAAGGAAUCGUCCUCCUUACUGGUCUGUCUGGUGCGGAGUCUCAGGACCACACAUUUGUCCACAUUAAAAUUGAGGAGCCAGCGAGCUGACCAACUGUUCAGGCGGUUGAGACUGUCUUGAAGCGCGUACCUGUCUGCAUCAGAUCUGAUGGGUCUCCACAGCUUAACAUCGUCAGCAAACAUGAUGGCGCUGCAUCCCAGGUCGUCGACGCAGUCGUUAAUGUAAACCAGGAAUAGCAACGGCCCUAAGACGGAGCCCUGGGGUACACCACUUAAAACGGGAGUCGGAGUUGACCUUGAGGCCUCAACGCACACGGUUUGCGAUCUCCCGUUAAGAAAAUCUGUUAUCCAUGUCAGCAGCGUUCCUCUUAUUCCAAUUUCAGAUUAGGCGUUUGUGUGGGACGCUGUCGAACGCCUUCUUAAAGUCGGUGUAUAUGACAUCAACCCUCCCAUCCUCAUCCAGUGCGCGAGUCCACUGCUCCGUCGAGAGCAAUAAACUGGAAAGACACGAGCGGUUCUGUCUAAAGCCGUGCUGCAGGUCUGAGAUUAAAUGGCCCUGCUCCAGGAACUCCAUAGUUGCUUUCUUAACUAUGGCCUCCAUUAUUUUACAGCAGAUGCAGGUUAGACUAACAGGCCGGUAAUUGUUAGCAUUAGUGCGAGCCCCGCCCUUGUAUAUCGGAAAGAUAUUUGCUGUCUUCCAUUCCGAUGGCAACCUCCCUAAUUCGAAUGACGAGCGGAAGAUGUGCGCCAGUGGUUUGGAAAGUUCAUUCGCCAGUUCCUUCAAGAAUUUGGCCGGUAUAUUGUCCGGACCCGAGGACUUUGCUUCUUUGAGAUUUUUCAGCUCCCUUUCCACGGCAGCUGCCGGGAAGAGUAUGGAGUCAAGCACGGGACCAACAGUCUCAAGAGCAUUGCCGGUACUGCGACAGCGAAAAUCAGUUUCUCUAGUAAAAACGGAGGCAAAAUACUGUCCUAAGUGUUCGGCUUUCUCGUUGUUCUCAAUGAUCUCUACACCAUUAUCAUCAUUCAGCACCGCGACCGGGUCUUUAUUUUUCAGUCUACUGUUCAGAUAGUGAAAUAAAAUCUUAGGCUUCUGUUCAGCCUGUCGUAUAAUUUUGGAUUCAUACUCCUUCCGUGCCUGACGGAUACAUUUUUUGACGGCGUUUCGUUGACGACGAAAUUCUUCGAAAUGCGCUGGUGACGCAGUUUCCCUGAAUAUUUUCCAUCUUUUGCUUUUCUUCCGUAGCUGCUUAUUUAGGUCCCUAGUUAACCAAGCAGGUCGACUAGUUGUUUUUUGUACUUUAGGUGGACAACAGCGCCUAAUCAGAUCGAGUGAAAUCGUUUUAAAAGAUCUCCAGUCGUCCUCCGGAUCUCCCCUGAAUAUUUGGUCCCAAUUCACGGACAGCAAUUCGUUCUUCAUCAUAUUAAAAUCUGCCUUCCAUAUAUUAGGUUAGCCCUCUGUUCUCUUCUGGCGUUUAGAGAAGAGCGAGUAAUCCCAUAAUAGCGUGGUAUGGUCACUUUUCCCGAGAGGUGCAUUGGAAUACACUUCGUCGAUAUUAGAGAAGUCCUUAAUGAAAACUAGGUCUAGACAAUUUGCUCUCUGGUUCUCUCGAAAUCUUGUUGGUACCUUCACAUGUUGCGCCACUGAAUUCCAAUGCCUGAGUUGGAUGGGAAGACUUAUGGCUUUAAGUAUAAAAAUGAUCAGAUAUUCAGGAUUCUUUCAUUCGCAUGAAACCACUUGUGACUUUACGAAAUGAUCGAGUGACUUGUUUGACUUUGCCUUAUUUUUUGUCAAUUUUUCAAGUCAAGAUCGCUGCUUUUGAUUCUCAAACUUGGUCUUGAGUUUUGCGCAGGCUCGGAUGUAUUAUGGUUGCUGAGCAACGGUUAUUGAGUCAUGUCAUAAUAGAAACUAAAAAAUGUACAUUCCUUUGGCGUUUGGCAUUCGUUAAAGCCAAGAGCUCUUGACGUAAGGCGUAAGCUUGGCAGCAGACUUUACAUCAGUUCAGUUCAGUUUAUUGAGGGAAAUAGGCUUAAGCCUUUGAGUACCCUACUUGCAACGUAAAAAAUGUGUGCUGUACCGAUUCGAACAAAGAUACUCUAUCCUAGUCAUUCGUCCUACCCAACAACCAUAUUUCCUGGCUUACAAACUGCUAAUUUGGGUUAACUCGUCUAUUUAACUGCCUACGUCUGACCAACACAUGUUAUAGACCUAUCGCAAGGAGUUCUAAAUAAUGGGACUGCUUGUAAUCCCAUCCCUUGCGUUUGCAGCGUCGGAGAUAAAGCCUAGGUGAAUCUCACCCUGUUGGGAGACUGACGUGCCUUAGCCCUCGCCCCACGUCGGGGCUAAAAACGACAAUCUAGACACUUUGUAGAAUACGUGUGUCGUGUCUUUGUCUGCCACUGUAACCCUAUGACCUAAACUGCUUGACCAGCACAGUGGGAACACCCCAGUUUCUGCGAAUGCUCGAUGGUUUGCUAUCGAGUUUUUUUAAGGUGUGGAGUUUUCCGCUUCUCUAACUUCGCUUUUCCUCACUUGACCAGCCUAAUGCCCCCUACAUUAAGAAUCCCCCGCUCCACUUUAUCUCCUUCGCGUUCUGUCUAACGUCGGCGAUCUUUUUAGGCCUAAACUAACCAUAGGAUGUUGCAAAAUCAUUUCUGGCUGAGACUAGUGUCUGCUUCGCGGUUCACCGUGCCUGCGUCCAUCUGUCUUCCUGGCGCAUCUUCCUGCCAGACCUACAGAGGCUUCGCAACCCGCAAAACACCACAACCUCACAAGACCGUGACCUCCCGGUUGACGGGGAAGAAGACUAAGCUUUGGGAUCUAUACAAUGAGGUCGUGUACCCGCCUCGUCCUUCGUCAACUGAGCAUGAGUCUGAUUGCCCGAAUUCUGAACGCCGGCCUGCCGAGGUCACCAUCUCAAAAGAAAAUAUCCUGUAUAGCCAGAAGAAGCUGUGGCUCUUAGCUUUUAUGGUAAAUGCCUUUGACAUGCUGUAGGCAUUUUACUGUUGACGUUCCCACAAACAAACCUUGGAUACUUCUUCAAGAUGCCACCGACAGAGUUACCAGCCAAAAGGCCGGACACGUGUCGCCAAUUUUGUUGUUUCUUGAUAACUGAAAAUCAUAGGUAUUUGUUCUUAUUUAUAUCAGUAUGAAAUCCAAACAACACGUCUGGCGGGUGCUUGGGCUGCAUGGCCGUCCCGAGGGCCUUGAACCAAUGCAGAAACCAUCAAACCUUCAAGUGUUUCAAGCUUUAAGUUGAAUCCUUUGUUGAUAAAUCACAAGAAUCUAUAUUAUUAAGUCAGUAGAUUUGACAUUAGUUGCUCCCUAGGGUCAGACUUGUUUACGUCGGCCAUUGAACACUUCCGCCUAAAUGUUAAGUGUACUUAUUGUUUUGGACUUUGUCGCCGUUUGUUUGUGGUAAAUUGGCUCUUAGGUUCACUUGGACUCUCCCGACCUCAUUGCCUUGCUCAGACUCCUGCAGCAAUCUUAGGAAUUAAUAUACUUCUUAAUUGGGAUUCUUAUGGCCCCUUUCUGCGAUCUGCUAUUAGCAGCAUAUUCAUACUUGCACCCCUGCCCUCUUUCUAUCGUUUUUUUACCGGCAGACCCACCUCUCGAGUGUAGUUCCAUUGGUUUUAGAAACUGUGAUGCGUUGCGCCUAUCUCCACCUUUUCGGCGUAUUUCAGAUUCGCGGCUUGUCUGUAGACGAGGCCUUUCAACAACUUGGAUUUCGCCCUGAAAAGGGUGCCCGCAUUUUGGAGGAAGCUCUUGAAGCGGCCGUCGAGAAGGCAGUGAAAGAACAGGACGUUGAGUUUUGCACCGAACUGUGGGUUGGUAUGUCCUCGUCGCCAUAAUUAAUAUUGUUAUCUCCAGCAUCAGCCGGGGAAGCUAGUAAAACGGUAACUACUGGAGUUAUCACACAUCAUCAUCAUUACAAAUGUUAAGACAGAACGUUGUUAAGUAGACGGCACCUCAUGACUCUGAUAAACAGUCACUAAAGAUAGUCCGCCCGUCAUCUGCCAACCUCAUUCCUUUACAUUAUGAACAGACCAAGUCAUAUCGUCUCCCCGUACGGCGUCUAUGGCUGCAGCUUGGAGCGUGUCGGAUUGGUAGUUCGCUGUAGCAGCUGCAAGGCCUGGGUCCGCGCACGCUGCUCUCAUUUAUUAAUUCCCUUGCUUCGCUCUGUCACAGCUCGACUCCUGUCUCUACCCCACCUGCUCAGCAUCUCGGCAGUCAUUAUUUCCUGUCCGCUGAUAGCUACGAAGACACUCUAACUUACCCUCCCCUCCCCUAACAUACGUCUAGAGCUAAGGAAGGACAUGUACGGCACCUCCACACCUACCUUACUACCGAAUAUCAAAGCCCUCAUCAUCAUCAUCUAAAUCAAAAACACAACCUCUUGAACAUUGGUAAAUUGUGAUCAACCGAUUUUGCAGUAACACAAAUUGCCGCAUUCUAAUUACUUUCCUGGCCACUUUUCCUGUUGACGGUUGUUCUUGAUCAUGGGGUUUGGUAAACCUGGCGUCGGUGCGGUGUGGCUCAGCUAUCACCGGAUUUCGAGAAAAAAUAAUUUGUGGUGGCGUCAACAAGGUACUACUACUUCGUCUUCGGCUUGAAUGACUUUAUAGUGUUCCAGGCCGACUUGUAGGAGGCCUCCUGCUUCUCUCCUAGGACAGACAACUGAAUUCCAUCAUACUGAGCGUUCAAGUUGUUCCAGCCUGUAAUGUGUCCAAUUUUGUCAUCCGUCUCUAGAGAAGGCUCUAGUUCUGCGCGGCAUGGGUGUGCCGGCCAUUCACAAGGGCCUCCGCACUGCUGUCUCCUACUCCACCUACCACUACGCCGAUCUCUUCCUUCGCCUGCGUGAAGGCAAGCCGCCACCCCUUUAUCAUCCCUACCGGGUUCGGCCCUCUUGGGUGCCCACGCAUAACUGCCCCGCUGAUGGGCUUCCCGGCUGGAGCAGUCCACAGGACACCCUGGAGAUCGAGUUGCGCAGACUGCGGCGACGGCGGAUUCCUGGGGAGCUGUGA